UCAGCUUGCCAGGGACAGGAAAGCUUCGAGACCGAGCUGCCGCUGCCGCCUCCCCUUCUCACCCCCCCCAUUCCGCGUGCCUCCCACACCCUCCUCCCCUUCUUCCAGCAUCUCUCGGUGGAGCACUGCAGGGACUCGGCCCGGGCUGCCGUCUCCCCGACCCGGGGGAAAGCUGUGACCCCCCCCCGCAGGAGCGGCAGGGCGGGGUGGGGGGCCCGGGAGAAGAUGGCGACGCCGGGAAGCGAACCCCAACCUUUCGUCCCUGCCCUGUCAGUGGCUACUCUGCACCCCCAUCAUCAUCCCCCCCACCACCACCAUCAGCACCACGGAGGAGCCGGAGGCAGCGGCGGGGCCGGAGGAGGCGGCGGCGGCGGCGGCGGCGGCGGCGGGGGCUUCAACCUGCCCUUGAACCGGGGGCUGGAGCGCGCGUUGGAGGAAGCGGCCAACUCCGGGGGGUUGAACCUCAGUGCUAGGAAACUGAAGGAAUUUCCCAGGACGGCGGCCCCCGCGCACGACCUCUCGGACACGGUGCAGGCAGAUUUAUCUAAAAACAGACUGGUUGAAGUUCCAAUGGAAUUGUGCCAUUUUGUAUCACUGGAAAUUCUUAAUCUGUAUCAUAAUUGUAUCAGAGUCAUUCCGGAGGCCAUCAUUAAUCUGCAGAUGCUGACUUACUUAAAUUUAAGUCGGAAUCAGCUGUCCGCCCUGCCGGCCUGCCUGUGUGGUCUGCCUCUCAAAGUCUUAAUUGCAAGUAACAACAAACUUGGAUCGCUGCCUGAAGAGAUAGGUCAGCUCAAACAGUUAAUGGAGUUGGACGUCAGCUGCAAUGAGAUCACAGCCUUGCCUCAGCAGAUAGGGCAACUGAAAUCCCUACGAGAACUGAAUGUCAGAAGAAAUUACCUUAAAGUUCUACCACAAGAACUAGUAGAUCUUCCCUUGGUAAAGUUUGACUUUUCCUGCAAUAAAGUGCUCGUGAUUCCCAUUUGUUUUAGAGAGAUGAAGCAGCUGCAAGUAUUACUGCUUGAGAAUAACCCUUUGCAGUCUCCUCCAGCACAGAUUUGCACUAAGGGCAAAGUGCACAUAUUUAAGUAUCUCAGCAUCCAAGCAUGCCAGAUUAAGACAACCGACUCCCUUUAUCUCCACACCAUAGAGAGGCCACAUUUACACCAGCACGUGGAAGAUGGCCAAUGCAGAUUUAUACAUCAGAGUCUCGAACACUUUUGGAAUAAAAAAGGGAAAAUUGAUGCUGUUGAUAACAUUUUGGCAGGUUUCAACUACCCUCUCCUAAUCAAGAAUCAGUCCUUCCUGAGUGCAACAUAUGGCAAGAAGGAUUCUGACUCGGGCGUUGGGAGUGAUAAUGGAGACAAGCGAUUAUCUGCCACAGAGCCUUCUGAUGAAGACACCGUUAGCCUCAACGUGCCAAUGUCAAAUAUCAUGGAAGAAGAACAACAGAUCAAGGAGGACUCCUGCCAUCGCCUUAGUCCAGUUAAAGGAGAAUUUCAUCAGGAAUUUCAACCAGCACCUUCCCUUGUGAGUGACAAUGAGAACUCAGGAGAAGAAAGAGACCGAUUUUCCCAUGGAACAGACAUUCUCCAUUCGGAAUUUAUAAACUAUAUUAAGGAAAGGACUGAGACCUGUGAAGAACUGUUACGGAUAGAAGAGGACGCACACUGGCCAUCCGGGGGGAUAAUAAGUUCAUCCAAAGACCAGGACAUGAAUAUAGCAAUGAUUGAACAGCUGAGAGAAGCAGUGGAUUUGCUGCAAGAUCCCAACAGAUUAAGCACAGAUAUUACAGAGAGAAGUGUUGUAAACUUUUACCCUGUGGACUCAGCAGAAGACUUAGAAUUACAAGACUCUGCACUAAAUGGUCAGAUACAGUUGGAGACGUCUCCAGAAUGUGAGGUGCAAAAUGAUCUAACAUUACAGAGUAAUGGGAGCGAGUAUUCUCCCAAUGAGAUGAGAGAGAACUCCCCUGCCAUCUCUCCUACCAACACCAGCACAGCUCUGUUUGGCCUGAAGCCUCGAUCAGUGUUUCUUAGACCACAGAGAAAUUUGGAAUCUAUAGACCCACAGUUUACAAUUCGGCGGAAAAUGGAGCAGAUGAGAGAAGAAAAAGAACUGGUGGAACAGCUCCGAGAGAGCAUCGAGAUGAGACUCAAGGUCAGCCUGCACGAAGACCUGGGGGCUGCCCUCAUGGAUGGCGUCGUCCUCUGCCAUCUAGUCAACCACAUCCGCCCACGAUCCGUCGCAAGCAUCCAUGUCCCCUCACCAGCAGUCCCUAAACUUAGCAUGGCCAAAUGCAGAAGAAACGUGGAAAACUUUCUGGAAGCAUGCCGAAAAUUAGGAGUACCAGAGGAAAAACUGUGUCUGCCCCAUCACAUCCUUGAAGAGAAAGGCCUGGUCAAAGUGGGCAUCACCGUUCAAGCAUUGCUAGAUGUAACUGUAACAAAGGCUCUAUUCACAUGAGACCAACUCCUCUCCUUUGGGUCGUGGCUCAGACGUUUUUCCGGUCAGAGAUCCUAAACUCUCCUCUCAGCACCUGCCCCCUCCAACCUCCCACUCACUGCUUGUCAGUUCCCCGACUCUAGUUGAAUUGACGGGAGGACACAAAAGAAGAUUUUCUACCUUUCAUAACUGACUCUGACAUUAAGACCUGACAGGUAUUUGCCUAAAACCCCGUGAGGGAGCUGGUUGUGAAGGACCAAGCAGCUCAUCAAUGCCUUCUACAACCUCCUUCAUCCCUUCCAUGCUCACCCACUGCCAUUACCAAAACACCAAGCACAGCCGUUUUGCAGCAAGAUGCAUUUGUUUUAUUAAAACCAAACGCAAUGUGUAUUUUGGGGGUGGGGUGGGGAGGGGAACUUGCAGUCAGGUUUUUUGCCACCAAAUUUUUCAAGAAGUUUCUUGAGACCAUUGCCUUUUAAAAAAACUAUUUUCGACAUACAAAAUAUUUAUAUAAAUAUUAUUUAUUAGUGAGUUGUUAUUCAUCCUUUGGAUGCAAAUUGUAAAUUAGGAAACUAUUUUAUUACUGCUUUUUUGUGGUUAAACACUUUAUUUUAAUAUUAUAAAUAUUGAGUUCUUUUCUAUCCUCUUUGGUGUGCAAGUAGUUCUAGGUCUCCAUAGUCAUGUUUUCUGGUGUAUAUGACUCAAAAAAAAAAAAAUUAAGCAAAAAGCAGGUGCUUCUGCGACAAGAACUAUUUUCUGGGGGAGGCGUUAUUUAUACUUUGGUUUCUGGAACAUUGGUCUUAUUUAUAUUUUCUGCAUUCCAUCCGGCUUCCUACAUUCCAGCAGCCCUGUUGUCCCCUGAUACAACGAACUGACAGAAAUCAAGAGAGCACCCCAAAGUUGUUUGUAAAUAGCUGUGAUGGGAAAAAAAAAGACAUAUUAAACUUGAAGAUAAAAUGUGAACAGUUAUUUUUUUGGGUUCAUACUUACUUUGCUAUGCACAAAACAUUCACGUUUUAACAUGAAGAAGUAACAAGUGUUGGCGUCAUGUGUCUUGUAGUGUAAUUUUGCACUGUAACGUGGGUAAUUAAAAGUGUAGCACCAAAGGUAGAUAAUAAGGAAGUGGUAUAGGAAAGUGGAGAUGAGAAAAAGCUUAUCGUUUAACCAAGAAGUUUUUUAAGGGCCGCUUCGGUGGAGAGUGGUCAAGAAUUAACUGAAGGUAUAUAGGACUUGGAUCGGGAGACCAGCACUUUUUGCAGCUGCCCGUUUUAAAGGAGGAAACUAUUCUGAGAUGUAGACGUGCUUAUUUUAUUGCAGCUUAGUUGGCGGCUUUCAAAGUAGUCCGUCAAACACGGCAACAUUCACAGCCUCUGGUGUGAAACCGCGGGAGGGAGUCAGUAAGUUGGUGGAGUAGUUGCCUGCAAGAGCAAGGCGGGCUCAGGAGAAGGUGAAGUAAGUAGCGUUCGUGAGGCUGAGUGGCCCAGGGGGGGAGCAAGUUCAGAGAAAGCAGCGACUAGAGAAAAUCCAGCUGAGGAAAGGGGUCCGUGUUGGUCUGAGAGAGUCACAUAAGACUUCACAGACACACCACCUAUUUUAGGCAGUUACGUGCGUGUGCACUCGCCCUGCAGUUACAGACAGCCCAGUAAUUCGUCUUUCAGAAUCUUGCGAAUGCUGACUGCAUCGUCACCUCUGUGAAAAGCCAUUGUCAGUUUUUAGAGCAGCAGCCACAAGUUAUAAGCCAAAUAUAAAGGCGAACACAAAAGAAAAGACACCAGGAGGACAGUAUGCGUUGAAAUUGAACACAGACUUACAUCAGCCAACGCCAAGGCUGCCCUCCUGUCUAGGCAAGGAGGGAGGGGUUACUGAAAAUAGUCAUUUGGAUUGGCAGCUAGCAGUUACUUCCUAUCAAAUGUACUGUGCACUUUAACCGAGUUUAAAAUAUAUUUUAAUAUUUUCCUGUACUGCACAAAUACCUGUUUUGUCCCAUAGCAUAAUGGUGUAAAAAAGAAAACACUCUGAACAAAGAGCGUAUUCAGUGUAAGCGACAGUCAGAGGUUGAUUAUAGAAAUAGGAAUUCAGAUGACUGCACCUUGAUGGGCAUUGAGAAUGCAGGGUCCUGACAUUUUUUUUUUUUUACAUGUAUAUAUGGCAACAUGAAGCUCUGUAAUCCUUGUUUUGAGAGAUUUUCUUUUUCAAAAUUAAAAUAUUUCUUUUGAUAUUGA